UAUAAAACACAAAACACAAACAUUAUAUUUAAUUAAUUGAAAUCAGCUUUAAUCGAUCCCUCUUCUCACUCUUCUUUCCGUUUCUCCAAAGGAUACCUCCACAAAACUGAGAGGAUCGAUCGAGAAAGUUAAUUUCAUGAGUUUGGGAGGAAGAGAAUUGAAGAGAAAUUAAUUAAGACAAAAAAGGAGAUCAGAAUUGUCGUAGUAGUAGGUAGUGGGUGAAAUUAAUUAUAUAUGGUGUCUGUGAUGGGUGGUGGCGAAGCAGCUGAUAGUCCUCAAAAGACAUCGAUAUCGACCUCAUCAUCAAUCGACACUCUGUUGGGACUGCUGAGGAUUCGAGUGAAGAGAGGUAUUAAUCUUGCUGUUCGUGAUGUCCGAAGCAGUGAUCCGUAUGUUGUUGUGAGGAUGGGGAAACAGAAGCUCAAGACUCGCGUUAUCAAUAAGGAUAUCAAUCCUGAAUGGAAUGAGGACUUGACUCUUUCUGUUUCCGAUCCUAAUCACCCCGUUUCUCUGACGGUGUUCGACCACGACACUUUCAGCCCAGACGACCCCAUGGGAGAUGCUGAGUUUCGUAUUACUCAAUUCCUGGAAGCAGUAAGCAUGCAACUUGAUGGCGUCCCAGAUGGUACAAUCAUCACAAAAGUACAACCAUGUAGGGCUAAUUGCCUGGCUGAGGAGAGUUGCAUCGUCUGGACAGACGGUCAGGUGUUGCAGGACAUGUGCCUCAGACUCAAAAACGUCGAGUGUGGUGAACUCGAAAUUCAGCUCCAAUGGAUCCAGCUUCCUGGUUCCAAGUCCGCCUAGACGGACAACCACCAUACAUAUGCCCGCCAUCCAGUUGCUUCUGUUUCUAUUACCAUCUAUCCUUUAUCUUUAUCUCCUUCAUAAACUUCCAUGUUUGUUCUUUUUUAAGGGUUUAAUCUUUUGUAGGUGAAGUUGGGAAGAAAAAAUUGUUGCUCAAAUCGAGUUUGAUCCGACUAAAUUUGUCACAUAACAGAUAUUAUAUA